AAACCCCUCUUCUCCCAUUUCUCUCUUCAUCAUCCAACACCAACGAACAAGGCAGCUGCUGAAUCUCACAAAUGGAAGCUUGUUUUCUGCCUCACAACCAAAUCAAACCCACAAUUCUCUUCCACUCCCGACCCUCUUCUUCCCCGUCAUCCUUCAAAAUAUCAUGCUGUCAGUUCAAGUCGCCAUCGGACGGUGAUGAUACGGAUUGGAGAUCAUUUAGAGCCAAGUUGAUUGCCAAUCAAAAGCUCACAACGCCUCAAAUUUCAUCGUCUUUUGUGAAUCUCGACACGGUGGUGGAUCAUCCACCGUCGGUCUCGAUCGGCGACAAAUGGGCGCAUGUAAUUCAUGAGGCUGAAAAGGGAUGUCUACUCAUUGCAACUGAGAAGCUGGAUGGAGUGCACAUAUUCGAGCGUACCGUGGUUCUCGUUUUGUCAAAUGGGGCAAUGGGGCCAUCGGGGGUGAUACUAAAUCGGCCGUCGUUGAUGUCGAUUAAGGAAACGAGGUCGACGACACUGGACGUAGCGGGUACGUUUUGGGAGCGGCCGUUGUACUUCGGGGGGCCAUUGGAAGGGGGGUUGUUUUUAGUGAGUCCAAGAAGGGGAGAGGAUGAUGGGAUUGGGAAGAGUGGGGUAUUUGAGGAAGUAAUGAAGGGAAUGUAUUAUGGGGGUAAAGAGAGUGUUGGGUGUGCGUCGGAAAUGGUGAAGAGGAAUAUGGUUGGGGCUGAGGAUUUCAGGUUCUUCGAUGGGUAUUGUGGGUGGGAGAAGGAGCAAUUGAGAGAUGAAAUUAGAGCUGGGUAUUGGACUGUGGCUGCUUGUAGUCCAAGUGUGAUUGGUAUGGAUGUGGCAAGUGUGGGGCUUUGGGAGGAUGUUCUUGGCCUUGUGGGUCCUAAAAAGGUCUGGUAAUAUGAUACCCAACAAAACCCCAAUUUUAUGGGGUUCUAACAUUUUCUACAUGGACGGAUCAAUGUAUAAUUUCAAAUUAUUAUGUUACUUAACAACUUGUGAUUUAUGAAAUCUUAAUAUCGACCCGCUUUCCGCUAA